UGUGAUGAUGUUGCAUUGAAUUGCCUUGCUCGGGCUUGUAGGUCAGAUUAUGCGUCUUUAUCUUGUCUCAAUACAAGGUUUAAUUCACUAAUCAAAAGUGGGCUUCUCUAUGACUUGCGGAGGAAGAUGAGAAUUGUGGAAAAUUGGGUGUACUUGGUUUGCGACCCUAGAGGGUGGGAGGCUUUUGACCCCAUGAGAAAGAGGCGGAUGAGAUUGCCUUGUGAUGAGUGCUUCAACCAUGCAGACAAGGAAUCCUUGGCUAUUGGAAGUGAAUUGCUGGUCUUCGGCUGGGAAUUUUUGGAUUUCGCUAUUUGGAAGUAUAGUUUGAUUCAUCGCAGUUGGGUCAAGUGUGAUGAAAUGAAUUUCCCUCGAUGUUUGUUUGCAUCAGGUAGCUUUGGUUCCAUUGCUAUUGUUGCAGGAAGGAGUGAUAAGAAUGGAAAUGUGUUGAAAUCGGUAGAGCUGUAUGUUUCUACCUCGGGCAAAUGGGAAUUGUUGCCCAACAUGCACUCCCCACGCAGAUUGUGCUCUAGAUUUUUUAUGGAUGAAAAAUUCUAUGUGAUAGGUGGGAUGUCAAGUCCUACUGUUUCAUUGAAUUUUGGGGAGGAGUUGGAUCUUAAGACCAGGCAAUGGAGGAGAAUUGAGGGCAUGUAUCCUAUUAUAAUGUUUAGAUUUUAG